UUCUCUCGCCAAUCGCCUUCGCUUCUUUCUACUACUAUCGUUCCACACGCACUAACCCCCCCUUUCUCUUUCCCCCCUGAGAAGGCCGGCAGCUUCGAUCUCCCCUUCUUCUUCUUUUUCUUCUUCUUCCUUCGAUCUCUCCGCUGCGAUUUCGAUCCAUUCGCUCGAAUCCGAUCGGGAUCUGAGGGAUCUUUAUCUUAUUGGUGUGGCUUUGAUUUGCUUUUCUAGCGGUUACGUGGAGAGAGGGCGAGAGGGGAGAUGGAGAAUUUGAUUUCUUUGGUAAAUAAGCUACAGAGGGCAUGCACUGCCCUUGGAGACCACGGGGAGGAAAGCGCUCUUCCGACGCUCUGGGAUUCGCUGCCGGCUAUCGCCGUCGUCGGAGGACAGAGCUCAGGUAAAUCCUCAGUGUUGGAAAGCAUAGUUGGAAAGGACUUCCUGCCACGAGGUUCAGGUAUUGUUACACGACGUCCACUUGUGUUGCAGCUUCAUAGGAUCGAUGAAGGGAGAGAGUAUGCAGAGUUUAUGCACCUUCCGAGAAGGAGAUUCACAGAUUUUGGUGCUGUGAGGAAGGAGAUCCAAGAUGAAACUGACAGAGAGACUGGUCGCACCAAGCAAAUUUCUCCUGUUCCAAUUCAUUUGAGUAUAUACUCUCCUAGUGUUGUAAACUUGACGCUUAUUGAUCUUCCUGGACUUACAAAGGUAGCUGUUGAGGGUCAGCCUGACAGCGUUGUGGCUGAUAUUGAGAACAUGGUUCGCUCAUAUAUUGAAAAGCCUAAUUCUAUAAUUCUGGCAAUUUCCCCAGCCAAUCAGGAUCUUGCUACUUCUGAUGCAAUUAAAAUCUCCCGUGAGGUAGAUCCUAAAGGAGAGAGGACAUUUGGUGUCCUGACUAAGAUUGAUCUAAUGGACAAGGGCACCGAUGCUGUUGAUAUAUUGGAAGGAAAAUCGUACAAGCUACAGUUCCCAUGGGUUGGUGUUGUUAAUCGCUCACAGGCUGACAUUAACAAGAGUGUGGACAUGAUUGCUGCUAGGCGUAGAGAAAGAGAGUAUUUUGCAAAUACUCCAGAGUACAAGCAUCUUGCUCAUAGAAUGGGUUCAGAGCAUCUAGGGAAGAUGCUUUCAAAGCAUUUGGAACAAGUGAUCAAGUCUCGAAUCCCAGGCAUCCAGUCUCUUAUAAGUAAAACUAUUGCUGAACUCGAAGCUGAACUCAAGCGUCUUGGGAAACCCAUUGCUACUGAUGCUGGGGGGAAACUGUACUCAAUUAUGGAGAUAUGUCGUAUUUUUGAUGGAAUAUACAAAGAGCACCUUGAUGGCGUGCGCCCGGGUGGUGAAAAGAUCUACAAUGUUUUUGACAAUCAACUCCCUGCAGCUCUGAAGAGGUUACAAUUUGACAAGCAACUAUCUAUGGAGAAUGUAAGAAAACUUAUCACUGAGGCUGAUGGAUACCAACCUCACUUGAUAGCUCCUGAGCAAGGAUACCGACGUCUUAUUGAAUCUUCCCUGGUCUGUAUCAGAGGUCCUGCUGAGGCAUCUGUGGAUGCGGUUCAUGCUAUAUUGAAGGAGCUCGUCCACAAGGCUAUCAAGGAGACUCUGGAGCUGAAGCAGUAUCCCACUCUUCGAGUUGAGGUUGGAAAUGCGGCUUUUGAUUCAUUGGACAGAAUGAGAGAAGAAAGCAAGAAAGCAACACUGAAGCUAGUUGACAUGGAAUGCAGUUAUCUGACUGUAGAUUUCUUCCGAAAACUUCCUCAAGAUAUUGAGAAAGGGGGAAAUCCAACACAUUCCAUUUUUGAUAGAUACAAUGAUUCAUACCUCAGACGAAUAGGAACUACUGUUUUAGCAUAUGUCAAUAUGGUUUGUGCAAGCUUGCGAAACUCCAUCCCAAAGUCUAUUGUUUAUUGUCAAGUACGCGAGGCAAAACGCUCCUUGCUUGAUCAUUUCUUUACUGAGUUGGGAAAGAAAGAGAACAAGCAGUUGUCGUCAUUGUUGGAUGAGGACCCAGCAAUUAUGGAACGAAGAUCUGCCCUUGCAAAGAGGCUUGAGCUGUAUAGAAAUGCUCAAGGUGAGAUUGAUGCAGUAGCGUGGGCCAAGUAGAAAACAGCAGGGGCUUUGCAUUCGUUCGUCUUAGAGUGUGUUUUCCUUUCCUCACUGCGUAUAUAUAGGAGAUGAUGUCGUAAUUCAUUUAUUGUUGACGACAGCCUUUAGAGUGAGCGUUGAUUUAUAUUCAUAUGCCUUCAGUUUGGGGGGCCAAAGCUGAGCUGCUGCCUUCUGUUUUCUCGUUGAACUGUUAUAAUAUGUCACGGAUUUAUGUUUACUGAAACGUUAUACCCCUUGACUAGCA